CCUCUAUUCUAGAUAGGUCUGCGAUCUGAUCAAAGAAAUAGUGAGUAGUGCCGUUCCGGAAAACAGUUGAGUAGGCUACGGUUUUCUUCCACACAGACUUGUGCGACUUGAGGCAGCAGCUUGCUAGAGGAGAGCGACAUUCAGCGGUCUCCAGACCUUCGUUCAACGAUGAAGUUCUCCCCCUUCUUGGGCCUCGUGGUGGCCACCACCCUGUUGUUGGCACUUGCUGCCCCCGCCGUUCUGCCGCUGGGCCAGGCACGGGGAGCUCUCAGUGCGGGAAGCUACAUCUCCGUCAAGGAAAGGGAUGAUUAUCUGCGGCUCGGAGAUGUCCCUGCUGGGAGGAACGAGGCGCCUGUUACAUACGACAGCUACGAAGAUCAUAAUGAGCUCGAGUUGGUUGAGCUUGAUAGUGUGAAAAAGAUUGCUCCCAAACAGGAAGAGGGUGGACUCUCUGAAGACGAUGAGAACUAUCUCGUAAAUCUAGAUAUGUUGAAGAGUGUCCCUGGCUCUCAUUACGGUAAAGAUCUGGACUUUUUACCCAAAUAUAGAACAGCUCGCUCUACGAGAAUACGGUCGCCAUCAAGACGGACAGGGUCAAGAUCAAGAGGAGGGUCGAGAGAGAGGUCAAGAGAUAGGUCAAGGGAAAGGUCAAGAGAUCAAAGGUCAAGAGAAAGGUCAAGAGAAAGGUCAAGGGAAAGGUCACAGGAUAGGUCAAGGGAAAGGUCAAGGGAAAGGUCAAGGGAAAGGUCAAGGGAAAGGUCAAGGGAAAGGUCAAGGGAAAUGGCUAGAGGAUCAAGAGGAAGAUCAGGAUCAAAUGGAAGGUCAGAACCAAGAGAAAGAUCCGGAUCAAGAGAAAGGUCCCCUCUGAGCAGUGUGUUGGCCAAUGCCGGUGCUCCUCGUGAAAGCAGAAGUGGGAGCCGCCUAACUUACCAAUACGAAAAAGGGGGAACUUUUGCUGACGUCAUGAGAGACUUCCGUCGCUUUGAGCUGCAGAUGGUUUCUGGUUCCGUCAUACAAAGAUCUGACACCCUGUGGACAGGCCGUCUGCAGGAUGGCUCAAUGGUCAUCGCUAGAGACUUCAGCAGCGGCGGAAGUCCCACUCUUGAGAUCCAACGUAGAUCACAGGAUGGGAACCAGCUCUUCACAAAGAUUCGGUACAAUGCAAGCCGCAGAGGUUCUUCGCCGGGGGGAGGAGCGUAAGAAGAGGCAGGGUACGGGAAAGGCGGCGGGGGAGAGAAAGAGGAGAUACCUUACAGGAGAAGGCUAAGAGGAGAUAGGAGGAGGGGGAAAGGAGGUGGGUAAGAGGAGAAGGAUUUAAAGAGGAGCCUAAGAGGAGAAAGGUAAGUUUUUUUUAGUAGAGGUUUUACGACGCUCGCAACUGCAAAAUGUCAUAAGAAGAGCGCCAAGGGGUGG